UGCUGCCACCACUGAUAAGAAACGUAGGGUAGUGGUGGUUGGAGACUCUCUGCUGAGGGGGACGGAGACACCCAUCUGUCGCCCUGACCGACUAUCGACACACCAGUGGAGGAGGAGAUGCCUCAGGGUGUAUCUGACACACCAGUGGAGGAGGAGGCUCAGGGUGGACACAGCCAGCUGGUUACUUCUAGCAGCAGGCAGUGCUCCACCCCUGCUGCAAACCCUCCUGCUGUGGUAAAAGAUAACCGUUAUGCUCUUCUUGAUACAGGAGAGAAGGAAUCACCCCCAACAGUUAAGGAGGUGAAGCCUCAUACCCCUAAGGCUGGGAGGUCUGCUGCCACCACUGAUAAGAAACGUAGGGUAGUGGUGGUUGGAGACUCUCUGCUGAGGGGGACGGAGACACCCAUCUGUCACCCUGACCGUUCAUCCCGGGAGGUAUGCUGCCUGCCAGGGGCCCAUAUCCGAGAUGUUACAGAGGCAUUGUCGAGGAUUAUCCGGCCUUCUGACUACUACCCCAUGCUACUCAUCCAUGUGGGCACAAAUGAUACUGCGAGGUGUGACACUGAGCAGAUCAAGAGUGACUACAGGGCUCUGGGAGUAUGGGUUAAGGAGUUUGGAGCGCAGGUGGUAUUCUCUUCGAUUCUUCCUGUUGAAGGUAGGGGCCCGGGCAGAGACAGAUGCAUCGUGGAGGUGAAUGCCUGGCUGCGAAGAUGGUGUCACCAGGAGGGCUUUGGCUUCCUCAACCACGGGAUGCUAUUCGAGGAAGGACUGCUAGGCACAGAUGGCGUUCACCUUUCGAAGAGGGGAAAGGCCUUAUUUGCACACAGACUGGCUAACCUAGUAAGGAGGGCUUUAAACUAGGUUCGACGGGGACAGGUGAGCAAACCCCACAGGUAAGUGGGGAACAUGACCUGGGAGAUGGGUUGGAAACAGGAGGGAGCACGGGCUAUAAUGGCAGUGAGGAAGGAGGGUCAGGGCAAAGCUGGGAGGCAAGAUCAAACCAGUAUCUUAGAUGCCUAUAUACAAAUGCAAGAAGUAUGGGUAAUAAGCAGGAAGAACUGGAAGUGCUAAUAAAUAAAUACAACUAUGACAUUGUUGGCAUUACUGAAACUUGGUGGGAUAAUACACACGACUGGAAUGUUGGUGUGGAUGGGUAUAAUUUGCUCAGGAA